UCAAAUAUUAUAACCUCACACAUCAACAUACUAAAACAAAACACACAAUCACACUUAAGUAAAAUACUAAAUAAUAAAAAACAAUGUUCUUGCCCACCAAAACACUUGACAAAAAUGAAGGCAAUGAAAGGGGAGUUAGCUCAAAAGUAUCCAAACCAGACCUUUUUAUAUAUCAACAUCCCGAAUCCGAUGAGUCUUUUCUCGAUGAACGCCCUUCCAAAGUACAAGAAGUGAUUGAGUGCCUAGAAGCCAUUGAAAAUGCCAACAAAACAGAUUCUUCAAAAACCAGAGAAAAGUCAACGCUUAACAUAAGUGACUUACAAUUUCUGGUAACACAUCAAAAGGCAAGGAAAAGCUCAGUUUUUCGACGUCCCAAAACAAAGAAAGUCCCAAUCAACACAAAUCAAUUUACCUUUAUGCGACAAAUUGACUCAGAACCUGAGGAUCGAAUCCUGGCUAGAAAACAGCGAGAAGAUGUGGCCGAAACAUUUCGAAGGAUGGGAAAUCACGAGUAUCGCAAGCUAAACUUCUCCUUGGCUAAGAACUACUAUACAAAGGGUCUGGAAUAUAUAAAAGAUACACCUGUUUUGUAUGUAAAUCGAGCCAUGUGUUUUAUCAAAAUGCGCGAAUUCAAGCUAGGUAUUAUGGAUUGCGACUAUGUAAUAGCAAAACUGGAUGGCAACUAUCUGCGUGCUUGGCUUUAUCGGGCAGCUGCCUAUAAGCGUCUGAAUGACGAGGCCAACUUCGAAGAUAGUGUUUCUCUGGCCAGACGUUUAAACAGAACCCAGAAUGCAUUUAUCGAUGAUUUUUUGGACAAAAUGCGUUCCCUUUUAUAGGGGCGCCUAAGUGAAAUUGUACAAAAAUUUAAGUGAUGAAAAAUAAAAUCAAAUAAAUUCAA